AGAAAAAUACGAAGCAAUUUAUAAAAUCAGUAUCUGACAGUAUUGAUGAAUCGGACAAAAAUCAAAAUAUGAAAUGGAAAAUUGUUAUUAAUAAACAUAAAAUUACGUCAAGUUCUGAAGACAAAUAAAAAUGACAUUUUCAUUAAUAAGGCAUUUUAAUUUAAAAAUCUUGUAUGGUCAAUGCAACCUUUUUUAUAAUAUCAUUGUUUUAUUUUAUUGAUGUGUAUGGUUCUUCAAUUUCAAAUGGAAAUGUAUCAGUUUCGCGAUAUAACAUUUGGUUUGUAGUAGUACUCACUAUUUUAUUUCUCCUAUUUAUAUUGUAUACCUUCUACCGAUUGGUCGACAAAAUUAUGACACCUCCCAGUACUAAUUUCUUCGUUGUUACCAAUCCACCAAAUAAUUCGACGAUAUUAGCUCGUCGAAGUCAAGUCAAAGUGUCUGUCAGUGAUCAUAUCAAGGCUCAUGAGACGUUAUCCUUGUCUAAUGAAUCUAACGAAGCACCUUCCUCGUCGUACAUCAGUACCCGUUAUCAUCACAAUAGUAAUCCUGACUUUUCUUCCGAUAUAAACAGUGAAGAAAUUGGUUUUAAGCCAAACAGAAAUCCAAAAGCACCCGAAGAAAGACGACAUACAGAAAAAAUCAAGUUAAAGAUGAUGCAGACUUCAAAUGAAGAAGUUGAACCUAAAUUUACUUUUUACUCGGGAAGAACUAAAUUGUCUUGAUAUGUACGUGACAUACCUAUCAUAAAUAAUUUAUAUUUCUAGUGAUAGCUUGUUAAAAUAAAAAAAGGUACUAU